UGAAAAAGGGUGUCAUUGUGUCGGAUGAUGAGGAUGAGGAAGUCCCGAGCAGGUCACGUAAAAAUUACUCGGUCGACUUCAGACUCUGAGAGGAGCCUUGCAGCGAUGGAUAUUGAUGAUGAUCAAGUUGUCAGGGUGUCUCGCUUGUCCUCUCAUCGCCCCGACGAUGUGGUAGACGAUACUGGUGACGAGGUCGACCAAACUGAUGUUGACCUCCUGACAUCUAGCGCUGGCGAGGAGGAAGAGGAAGAGGAUCUUAAACCGCAGGCUAAGAAGAGGAAAUCUAGGAAAGUGGUCCCUGUCGGGCGCAACGGUUUGAAGAAACAUCGUGUCAUGAAAAGUCGUACCACCACUGAUGCCAAAGGCUACAUGCAAACGGAAGAUUAUUCUUCUUAUGAAUCCGUCAGCGAAGAUGAAGCUCCGCCUGAGGAUGCAAAGAAGUCCAAAGGCAAGAAAAAGGCAGAACCGAAGUUGAAGGAUGAGGCGGAGGAAAAAUCGGUAGUUAAUUCAAAGAUCAAGGAGACGAACUCUUCACGCGGGGCUAAACCCAAGGCUGGGAAGGCAGCGAAACGUGGUGGCUGUUGAAUUUCUUUGGGCCCGACAAAACUAAGAAAUAGUGCUCGGAUAGUGAGCCGUAUGGAUUGGUGCAAUGUAGUUCUGAUUUUGGUUAUCCAGUUACCUUCCCUCGGUGCAUCAGUAACUGUGCCAUCAACUGUUGAACCAAUUCCACUUAUCAUCGACCAAUUACCCCAUAUCGCAACCAAUUCCUCCUUAAUCACGAUUCACCACCCAAUCCGAAUCAUCCUGGUACACCUGCCGAGCAGCAAUCUUCGCCAUCUACAUCAUCGUUGAGCGUGAUCAUCCGACUUCCCUACGCACAGCUUUUGUAUCCAUGGAUCCACUCCUCAGACGACGCGUGUCGUCGCGGAGCAUGCAGAAA